CUAGAGAAUUCAUUCCAGGCGCGCGACCUUGGAUUCUUCUGACGUCGAACUAGAAAACAGUCAGCAUGUCUAAGGAGGCACCCCGUGAACCAGAGCAGCUCCGCAAGCUGUUCAUCGGAGGCCUGAGCUUCGAGACCACGGAUGAGAGUUUGCGAGCGCACUUCGAGCAGUGGGGCACCCUUACGGACUGUGUGGUGAUGAGGGAUCCCAACACGAAGAGGUCGAGGGGGUUCGGGUUUGUCACAUAUUCUUCAGUGAGUGAGGUGGAUGCCGCCAUGGAGGCUCGCCCUCACAAGGUGGACGGCCGGGUGGUUGAGCCGAAGAGGGCCGUUUCCAGAGAGGACUCCUGCAGGCCAGGUGCUCACAUGACUGUGAAAAAGAUCUUUGUCGGCGGCAUCAAGGAAGACACAGAAGAGCACCAUCUGCGAGAUUACUUCGAUCAAUUUGGCAAGAUAGAAGUCAUUGAGAUCAUGACCGACAGAGCCAGUGGCAAGAAGAGGGGCUUUGCCUUUGUAACAUUUGAUGACCAUGAUUCUGUGGACAGGAUUGUCAUCCAGAAGUACCACACAGUGAAUGGCCAUAACUGUGAAGUGAGGAAAGCGCUCUCCAAGCAGGAGAUGACCAGUGCAGGAAUGAACAUGAGGGGGCGUGGUGCUGGUGGAGCUGGGAACUUUGGCAGAGGUGGUGGAUACGGGGGUGGAUUUGGAGGAGGAAGAGGAGGUGGUGGCUAUGGUGGUGGAGAUGGUUACAACGGCUUUGGAGAUGGUGGCUACGGCGGAGGUCCUGGUUACGGUGGUAACCGUGGAUACGGAGGAGGGCAGGGAUAUGGCAACCAGGGUGGCGGAUACGGGGGCAAUGGAGGAUAUGAUAAUUACAAUGGAGGUGGUGGCAACUUUGGUGGAGGAAACUUUGGUGGAGGUAACUAUAAUGACUUUGGCAACUACAACAGCCAGUCCUCCUCCAGCUAUGGCCCCAUGAAAGGGGGCAGCUUCGGAGGUGGACGAAACAGCAGUGGUCCAUAUGGCGGCGGCUAUGGUGGAGGCUCUAGCAGUGGAGGUUACGGCAGUGGUUCGGGGGGUCGCAGAUUCUAGGCAGAAAAGAGGACUCAGUACUUAGGAGAGGAGAGCCAGAGAAGUGACAGGGAAACGGCAGGUUUACUCCAUAGAUCUGCUCAGCCAAGCACAGUUGUGGCAGGUUUCAGCUGCUACAUGAAGAGACAUGUACAAUAAACUAGAGAAGACAAAAAAAUCAUGUGGGUGUGCGGGGCUUCAAACCAAGUGUCUGACAAAUAAUGUCCUGCAGGAUUUUGUAGUUGCUUUUUGUUUGUGUGAAAAGUGUAAGGCAUUCCCAGGUUUUAUGUCUUUUUUUUUUUUCCCCCUUUGCGCCCGUAUGGUGUUUUUUUUAAUGUAAUUGCAAGGAAUCAAGUUGAAAUAAACCAUCUUUCAGUUCUUUUUUUACAUUGUGCAUUUUAAUUCAUUGUACUGAGGUGUAAGUUGCUUGAAUUGAUUAUGGCCGAUAACGGAAGUUGUAAUUCCAUGAGAAUUUGACGAUGUAGGUGGUCUCAUGUUGGACUGUGUUGAACAGAUAGUAUAGCCAUAGAGAACAUGUGUUCAUGGCAAAAAUAGCAGUAGAUGAAAUGCACUAUGGAGACUGGAGUCCAGCUCUGUAGCGUACGUUAUUGCUAAAUAUUCAGUCCCCAUGUCACACUAGACAAGCCCGCGUCUUUCUUCAAAAACCUGGUUCAUCCACUGGACGCAGAUAUAGGGGAGUUGCGUCCAGGUUUAUGGCUGCUUUUCGGUCGCCAUGGCUGUUGGAGGCUAGCUUACUCAGAGCAUGAGGCUAGCCGCGGAAGCCAGCUGAGGGAGAGGAGUAGCAAGAUCUUCGCAAGGAGCCAGAGAAGCAGGGGACAGUCUGAGUACAGAAGGUUGCUCUAAUAAAACUAGCAAGCAGCAGCUACCAAAGCGGUAUUUUAAUACCAUGCUGGUAGGUAAGAACAGAUUUUUAACUUUGUACCUGUAAUGUUUCUUUAACAGUAGAUUAACUGGUCAAAGCAGGGCAGGGUUUGUUUCAGGCAGCAGGUUUGCUUGGAGUUUUGGUCGCACAGCUUGAAGUAACGUCUCAUGGAAGUGUUGGUAACCUACCCCAAGUAUAAUGUAACGGGGACUGUGGGGGUUUGCUAGAAUUAGGCUAUUAGAAUUAAGCCAAAGGUCAAUCUGCCUGGUUGAUACAAACUCUGACUGCUAGAGUCAAUGUAGAAUUUAAAUACGUGAUGCCAGUACAUCUAAUGGUCUGUGGAACGUGGUUGAAACGACUCAACUGAUGCUUGAAGUAAAUAUACUCCACUACAAGUGUGAUAAUGCAUGUGAAAACCGUUGAAGGACAUGAUCUGAGGUCUGUCGGAAUCAGUAUGUAAUAUGUAUUGUUAAAACUUACACAGCUCUAGGAUGAACCUGUAGUAGACAGGCCAUAUGCCAUUUGCUUGUGAAUGUUUGCCUGUCCUCACUGAUCACUCAGAAUGGUUUGUUUC